GGACGUUCUCAACCCGCAGCCCGGCGACGUCACACCGCUGGAGGCUGUUUAAUAUCAGGAGUGAUCCGUGUCAGAAAGCCUGUGAGUGUGUGUGUGAGUGUGUUUGUGUGUUUGUGUGUGAGUGUGUGUGUGGACACCGCGGGGUAGCAACAGUAGGAUGAGCUGCCCGGGAGCCAUGACAGCCUGCGGGGACUGACACACACACGGCUACGAAUACGACAGUCGAUGCAGUCUUCCAGAGGCGCUCCCUCCCCGUGGCUGAGAAACCAGCAGCAGCAUGUCCCGCGUCUCCUCCACCGCCAAGCGCUACGCCGGCCCCUCCUACAGCGGACACUACGGCUCCUACAGCUCCUCCCUGACCCCGGGCCUUAGCUCCUACAGCGAGCGGGACAGGCUGUCCUCCUACAAGUCCCCCACCUCCUCCACCUCUUCCUCAGGUUACUCCUCCUCCAGCUAUCUGAGCAGCUCCGCCGCCCGCAGUCGCAACUACAGCACCUCCUCAGACCUGGACCGAGACCGGGGUCGAACCGUCCCGAGAACCGACAUCCUCGGAAGCAGCAGCCUCAGCAGCAGCCGGCGGAGCGAGAGCCUCAGCAGAACCCCCGUCAGGAGCUAUGGAGGGUCGGGGCUGAGCGGGGGGUCGGCCUACACCGGCUACAGCUCCUACUCCUCUUCCUCCUCGGCCCAGUCCAGCUACCUCUCCUCCUCAUCGGUGGCCUCCAGCAUCGGGCUCAACCGACGGAAAUCCGUGUCCCAGAGUGACCUGAGCAGGGACCUGGCCUCCCUGGGCCUCAGUGAUGCCUCCUCUUCCUCCACCCCGUCCUCUUCCACCAGUGCCCUGCGGAGCUAUCGCAGUCGGGCCACCGAUGUGGCCAACUCCUACAGCACCGGCUCCCGUACGGGCUACUCAGGCCUGUCUCGGAGCUCCACUCAGGAGGGCCUAUCGCGGAGCUCCACCCAGGAGGCCUUCAGCAGCAGCAGCAGCAGCAGAGCGUCGAGCUCUUCGUCGUGGCAGCCGAGCAGUAACGGGCUGUCGGACUCGCCCACCAGGGACUCCACGAAUUCAAAGAGUGCCCAAGGCCUGGUGGGACUAAAGAACCUAGGAAACACUUGUUUCAUGAACAGCAUCCUGCAGUGUCUCAGCAACACUCACAGCCUCAGAGACUACUGCCUGCACAACGCGCACCGCAGAGACCUUAACAACAACAGCCGCACCAACACGGCCCUCAUGGAAGAGUUCGCCAAGCUGAUUCAGACCAUGUGGACGUCGUCGAGCAGUGAAGCCGUCAGUCCGUCUGAAUUCAAAACUCAGAUCCAGAGAUACGCUCCCCGAUUCGUGGGAUACAACCAACAGGACGCUCAGGAGUUCCUGCGUUUCCUCCUGGACGGGCUUCACAACGAGGUCAACAGGGUCACCGUCCGGCCGAGAGGCUCCGUGGAGGACUUUGACCACCUGCCGGAUGAAGAGAAAGGGAGGAAGAUGUGGAGUAAAUAUCUAGAGAGAGAAGACAGUAAAAUAGUCGAUGUGUUCGUCGGGCAGCUGAAGAGUUCUCUGACCUGCAGCCACUGUGGCUUCUGCUCCACCGUCUUCGACCCCUUCUGGGAUCUGUCUCUACCCAUCGCCAAGAAGGGCUACGGUGAGGUGAGCCUGAUGGACUGCAUGCGGCUCUUCACCAAAGAAGACGUCCUGGACGGAGACGAGAAGCCGACGUGCUACAGGUGUAAAGCCCGGAGGAGAUGCACCAAGAAGUUCACCAUACAGAAGUUCCCCAAGAUCUUAGUGCUGCACCUGAAACGCUUCUCUGAGGCUCGUAGAACCAGCAAACUGUCCACCUUCGUUAACUUCCCCAUGAAGGACCUGGACCUGCGGGAGUUCGCCUCCCAAAACAGCAUAGAUGCAGUCUACAACCUGUACGCAGUGUCCAACCACUCAGGCACCACGAUGGGAGGUCACUACACAGCCUACUGUCGCAACCCCAACUCGGGAGAAUGGUACACGUUCAAUGACUCCAGAGUAACGCCAAUGUCCUCCAGCCAAGUGCGCGGCAGCGACGCCUACGUCUUGUUCUACGAGCUCGCUUCCUCCUCGCGGAUGUGAAGCCUCCACGAGGACGACGGAGUCACCGCACGGACAGACGGGGGGGGUAAUAAGAGUGCUGGUGGAGCAUGGACUUGUUUUUUGGACAUUUAUCACACACACACACACACACACACACACACACACACACACACACACACACACACACACACACACACACACACACCUCCACCAGCAUGGAGGCUGCUUCCCUCCACCAGAGAGGAACCACAGGAACCACGUUCUCUCUCUCCGUCUUCACUGAUCUGUCCUUCUCAUUCUGGGUGGAGGUGUGUGUUCACUGUAUGCCUGUGUGCGUGUGUGUGUGUGUGUGUGUGUGUGUGUGUGUGUGUGUGUGUGUGUGUGUGUGUGUGUGUGUGUGAGGCUGUCACAGGGCAAUAAUCCCGUCCGUCCCUCUCUAUGCACUGCUGCAGACACACCUCUCAUCUUCCUCUUCAGCUCUUCUCGUUUGCCUCAAAACAUUAAAAAAAAAAACUCACUUGUUGCAAUUCUGACCUUUUUUUUUUUUCUGGUUAUUAUUUAUAUUGUUUUUUUUGGGUGCAUCAUCAUCAUCAUCAUCAUCAUCAUCACUUUGAACUGUGGAUGAACUGGACAGUCGUGGUUACAAGAAGCUCUUCAGCCCACCGGCCUGCUCGCCUCCUAACAACACUCUUCUUCUUCUUCUUCUUCUUCUUCUUCUUCUUCUUCUUCUUCUUCUUCUUCUUCUUCUUCUUCUUCUUCUUCUUCUUCACUCUGUCUCCCGGUGGCUCUGUGAGCGUUACAUGUUUGAGAGGACGACCCUCCUGUGUUUUUAUUGAAGUUGUGUCUCGUGUGGCUGCUACUGAUGUUUUUAACUAAACUGCUGUGAACGGACGAGCUGAGGACGAAUAACGUAGACGACGUCGUCAUGGCGAGGUCUUUUCUUCCUCUCUUGUUUUCAGGCCAUUGAACAACACGUAAAAGAAUGUUUUAAAGAAGAAGAAAAAAGAAACACUAUAUCUGUAUAUUUUUAUAUCCUGAUGCAAUACAGAGAAUGUACUAUUCAAUGGUGCUGAACACGACCCAUAACUUUAUUUACCAGGUUUCAAGAGAGAAAAAGAGUUAUUAUUUAUGCUGACUGGUGAUAUAAUGUGAUGAGUCACACUUUUUAACAGUGGCAGUCAAACACGAGUAUAUUAUAUAUAUGAAUAUAUAUAUAUAUACAUAUAUAUAUGAA